UAGAAAGCGAUGACGUUGCGUUGGUCUCACAUAACAGACCUUGCUAUUACUUCGAACAGACUGGAUUAAGUGCAAGAAACACAAUUGAUCCUAUUUAAAAGAUAAAAAAUAAUUAGUAUUCGAGAAAUCUUGGAAUAUAUUUAUUAUUCUUAUAUUCAUUGGAUCGUUAAAUUCAUCGAACUUAUAUCGCACGUUGUACUGUUUUUGUGAUAUGUUUUACCAUUAUUAUACCUAACCUUUUUAUACGCACGUCGUCCAGGGGACAGGGAGGAAGAAACGUAGAUAACAUUAUUAUGUAUUACGUUAACUGGUUCGAAGUUCACGUUCCAUACUUAUCUUAUAAUGAUAUUGCAUUUGUUUUGAGGUCACUUCCUUGUUCUUCUUUCGUUAACGAAAGUACAAUGCUCGAAUUAUGUGAAUCUAAUUUACAUCGUGCAGAUGAUUCUCUUUCAAUGAUAUUAAUAUAAAGAUAUUAUCUCGAUCUCGAUUUAAAUAACUCGAUUAUUUCUUAUCAUCGAGUAACAAAGAUGUACCAAUGGAAUAAUACGAGUAUCGUUAAAAUAUCGAUGACAAGAGAUAUUAUUAAAAAUGAAUUCCCUUCUGAAAUCAGUGAAAUCCCUAACAAACAGAAGAAAUAUAUUAGUGAGAGAGUCCCUUCAAAAACAAUUAAAUACAAGCGUGAUGGAGAUGCAAAGUGCACCAGGUGUCGUAGAAGAAGGACCAGUUGGAAAUUGCGAAGAAGCAAUGACAUUAUGUUCCGUAUUGGAAGCUAUAUUCUUACAUGGACUGAAGGACAGUCUUUUGAAUAGAGUAACAGAAGUUCUCAGUGGUCCUGAUUUCGAAGCUAUGCCUCAACCAAGUUUCUGGGGCCCUUUACUAGUAUUCUCUCAUCGCCAAAUUAUUGAUCAGAUCCAAGCAUUAACUCAAGUUUCCACUGAAGUGGGUUAUUGCAGAGCAUGGAUACGACUGGCCUUAAAUGAAGGUCUUUUAGCAAGUUACUUGUGUUCUAUAAGAAGAGAUAAUUCUGCUUUGAAACCAUAUUAUGAUCGUUCUGCCUUCAUAAGAGAUGCUGACCUAAUAGAUGUUGCUCAACGUUUGGUAGAAAGCUUGGAUUACAUACACUUUGAACUGGCUUGCAAUAGUAGUCUAUUGAAUUUUUGGUCGAGUACUCCUCUGCUUUUAGCUGGUAUAUGGUCACCUCCUAUGAAAUCUUGUCCUGUAUUUAAUGCAGUAGAUAUUGCAAAAACCAUAACUACGGAUUUGACGGAUAAUGAUAAUCUUGAAGAAGUAGAAACUGCGAGUUCUAUAGGUAGUUUAGGUUCCUUUAAUUCUUCUCAAUCUGCUUUAAAUAAUUUAGUUGGUAUUUCGGAAGAUGAAGCUCUUAAAAUCAUUUUAAAAGAUAAAAUCUCUAAUAAUCAUCAUACUACACAGUAUAGAAAUGGAAGUCCAACGCAUACACCUAAACAAAAAAAGAUAGAGAAAGUGAAUACAGAAAAAAUAGAAGAAACUACAAAUGAAGUUACACAAAGUGUAUCAACUAGUGGGACCCCUAAAAGGGAUGUAGAAACUAUGACAACUGACAUCAAUACCUCAGUUAUUCAAGAUGAUCAUCAAAAUAUUAGCCCUCAAGAAAAUAAUAAUGCUUGCACCGAUAAUAUGUCUACUACUGUAGGAAAUUCAUUAUUUGGAAGAUUAGGAUGGUCAACUUCAUUUGAAGAUUGUGAAUCUUCUAUGACCUCAUCUGUGAUAUCUCAUGGUUCUGGAAUAGAUGCUCCUCGUACUCCGGGUGAUGGACCAACCUAUGAUGCUCUUAUUCAAAGCUAUCAUACUAGCGGUAAUGUAAUAGUACCGAAUUUACAAGAAUUUUUAAAAAAAUAUCCAAAGAAAGAAUCCAUCGAUGAAGAAAUUAAACCUCCAACUGUAACUAAGAUUGUUAUAAAUUUUGAUGAACAAUUAGGAAAAUUACCAAGAGAAAAAGGCCUUGACAUGCAAAAUUACAGCUGUUUCAAUUGUGGUCAUGCUAUCGGUAUGACGUUUUCUAAAGCUCACGUCUGUUCUUUUUCUGCCAGUUAUUAUUGUGCAGAUUGUAUGGCACAAGGAGAAUAUUUAAUACCAUCGCGUAUUGUUCAUAAUUGGGAUUUAAAACGUUAUACCAUUUGUCAAAAAGCUGCAGAGUACCUGAAAGAUUGUUCUACUUUAUUGGAUUUAAAAACUUUGAAUCCAAAAAUAUAUAUGGCAGUGGAUGUUAUGGCACAAUUACAAUCUUUAAGAAUACAAUUGAAUUUAUUGAGAGCAUAUUUGUUUACUUGCCGUGAGCCUGUUAUUGAAUCAUUGCAAAGAAAAGUUGCUCCCAGAGAUUAUUUAUAUGAACAUGUCCAUCAGUAUUCUGUUUCUGAUCUUCUUGAUAUACCUAAUGGUACUCUUGCUCAACAAUUACAAAAAGUAGUUGAAUUUGCACGAAAUCAUGUGAUAAAUUGUUGGCUUUGCAGUCAAAAAGGAUUUAUUUGUGAAGUAUGCAAUAAUCCUAAAGUUAUUUAUCCCUUCGAUAUGGAUUCAACGUUUAGAUGUGGAUUAUGCAAUGCAGUGUUUCAUGCAGAUUGCUUAAAUGCAUAUAAACCAUGUCCAAAAUGCGAACGUCGACGUAAAAGAAUGGAUCUUCCCCUUUUAGACAUGGAAUGUACAGAAUUACCAUCUGAAUCUAAAUUAACGUCUGAAAACAAUAUUGACUAAUGUUAAUAUAAUCAAGAUUUUUUUUCUUAUCCAAAAUUUAUUAAUAUAAUUACUAAGUUUACUCUUAGGGA